AUGAACAAAGGCGGGACAAAAAAAUUCCAGUUUGGGUUUCCAAGCAAAAAAUCGACUGCAUCUUUGCUAGCCAAAUCAGCAUCAGAUACAACCGUAGAAGCCAAGAGAAAAGCACCCGAAUCAGCAACACAAGAUAAGGACACAGUAAAGAAGCCUAGAGCCCUAGUGGUGGAUGACGACGAGGACGAGUUUCUGGCGAGUGCUGGUAUUGAAGUCAAGUCGACUGCUCCAAUGGCUGUGGUUGACAGUGCAAACAACGAUGCUGCUGUUGAGGAUGAAGAGGAGGAUCCAUUGGAUGCAUUCAUGGCUGAUAUAAGCGAGAAAGCCAAAACUACAAGAGCAGAACCCAAAAUUCGCAGAGAUGACAUUGAGGAAGAGGACGAAUUAGAGAGUUAUGUGCGUCAUAUGAAGGAGAAGGGUGUCGUGGUGGGCACGUCCAAUCAGCCUAUGCCAGUGUAUGAUGAGAAUGCCAAUUCAGACGACGAGGUUUAUGCAACUGCAGCAGCUGUGGAUGCCCAACUGCAGCAACUCGAAUACGAUUCAGAUCAAGAGGCUAGCAACAGCAACAACGCUGCACCUACAAAGAAGGAAAUCGAACCUCUGCCUCGCGUAGAUCACGAUACCAUUGAUUACAUUGACAUUGAAAAAAACUUUUAUGAGGAACAUGCCGACAUCACAGCACUAGACGACGCUCAGGUGCAAAAGAUCCGUGCAGAGCUUGGACUUCAUGUCACUGGUCAUGGUGUUGCAAAGCCUUGUGUCAGUUUUGCUCACUUUGGGUUUGAUCAGGAACUGCUGGACGCAGUGAUCAAAGCAGGCUAUACAGAACCAUCAGCUAUUCAGAGACAGGCGAUUCCUGUGGCAAUGGAGGGCCGUGAUAUCAUUGGCAUUGCAAAGACUGGAUCUGGAAAAACAGCCGCUUUUGUGCUGCCCAUGUUGAUUCACAUCAUGGAUCAACAGGAGUUGGUCAAAGGCGAUGGACCCAUUGGACUGAUACUGGCCCCUACUCGUGAGUUGGCUGUUCAGAUAUACCAGGAAGCCAGAAAGUUUGCCAAAGCAUACGGACUCAAAGUGGCAGCGGUGUAUGGUGGAUCGUCCAAGUUGGAGCAGUUCAAGGACCUUCGCAGUGGCACCGUCGAGAUCCUCGUAGCUACGCCUGGCAGAUUGAUUGAUAUGAUCAAAAUGAAGGCAACCAAUUUGAAGCGAGUGAGCUAUCUUGUGUUGGAUGAAGCUGACCGUAUGUUUGAUCUUGGCUUUGAACCCCAAGUCAGAUCUAUUUGCGACAAUGUUCGACCUGAUAGACAAACCUUGCUCUUCAGCGCAACAUUUCAAAAACGCAUCGAAUUCCUGGCUCGCAGUGUGACAUCAGACCCUAUUCGCAUCAAUGUUGGCACUACUGGUCAAGCCAACGAAGACAUUACGCAAAUAGUACAAGUCUUUGAGCAGGAAGAGAUGAAAUGGGAUUGGCUGAUUCGCCAUUUGACUGGAUUCUGUGUGGAGGGCAGUGUCAUUAUUUUUGUGGGCAGAAAAGACGCCGUAGACAUCUUGUCUGGCAAUCUCCAAAAGUCCAAUUUUGAUUGCGUCGCUUUACACGGUGAUUUGCAGCAGUUUGAAAGAGAGAAAGUGCUGCGAGACUUCAAGGCCAACAAGGUCAAGGUGUUGGUGUCCACUGAUGUGGCAGCAAGAGGCUUGGAUAUCAAGACGGUCAAGACGGUCAUCAAUUUUGACGUUGCUCGCGACAUUGAUUCGCAUACACAUCGCGUUGGAAGAACGGGUCGCGCAGGAGAAAAGGGCACUGCUUUCACCUUGAUCACACAAAAGGAAGAUAGAUUUGCUGGUGAAUUGGUAACCCAUUUGGAGACUUCAGGCCAAGUGGUACCACCGGAAUUGCUUAGUUUGGCCAUGAAGAACUCGAGAUUCAGAGAUUAUAGAAGCAACAGAGGAGGAAGACGCGGUGGCCGAGGUGGCCGAGGUGGCCGUGGUGGCCGUGGUCGUGGCCGUGGUCAUCAAGACAGAGGCAAGGGAUCUUUCAAUGCCAAUUUAGAGCCCAUGCGAUUCCAGAGAUCAAGCACAGGCGGAUUAGGAGCAGGAGCAGGAGGAGCACCGCCAUCAUGGGCCUCCUAA